GACGCCUGGGUCCCUGGAGGAAGGGGGGAGCCGGGCCAGCAGGACCCCUGGGUCCCCGGGGGGGCACGGCCGGCUCCCAGCAGGGCCUGGCCGGGGAGGCCGUGGGGGACUCGAGGCGGGGCCCGGGCUCCUGGUUCUGGGGGGUCUUGCCCCGUGCCAGGACCCCCGUGCCUCAGUUUCCCCAGUGCAGGCGGAGGAGCAGCAGAGACGCCCCUUCGCCCUCCCCGGCUGUGACUCGGCCCCGGUGACUCGGCUCCAACCUGCUGCUGCUUAUCCCAGCCUGCCCCGGGGCUCCAGCGCCUGGGCUCCCCAAUCCCCACUGCUGCCCUGGCCCGGCCAGAUGACGGGGCAGCACGUGGCCUGGGCUGGUGACUCGCCCCUUAGGAAGCAGUGUGGGGCACAGGACACGCGAUAGGCCGGGCACAGCUGGAGUCUCCUUCUGUGCUGUGGGGCCAGGCCAGGUUGGGGGCGAAGCAUUCUGGGUAAUGGCCGUGCUGAGCUUGGAGUCUGGUGGGAGCCAGGCAUUCUGGGUGAAGCGAUACUACCCACCGGAGGAGCGCUGCUUCGCCAAGCGCCUGCUGGUCGUGCUUUUGGCCAUCCUCUUCUUCCAGAUCUACAGCGCCGAUGAAGACCUCCCCAUGGGCCCCAGCGAGGUCGGAGGGGCCUUGUAUGACCCCCCCAUCCACGAAGAUCCCCUGGCUCCUGCCAGUGCUGUGCCGUGGUCCUGCCGCCCCCACGACCCCACUGUAGACAUCUCCCAGUUCCUGGCCUGCAACCCAGCUGCCUUCUGAAGGCCUGGCCCGCCUUGGUGAGGGGAUUGUGGGGGACAGCCUGGCACCCAAGGGGGUUCCAGGCCCUGGCUGCUAAGGGGUUAACCCUGCCUCGUUAGGAGCUGCUGCUUCUGAAGGACCCAGUGUCAGCUGCAACUUGAAGCCUCCAGAGCAGGGAAGACUGACAUUCAGGCCCGGCGCGGGUCGCUGGUGGACAGUGUUGGGAUGAUUAAUAUUAAUAUUAAUAUUUAUUUAAUAUUGUUAUUGUUAUUAAUUAUUUAAAUUAUAUUUAUUGUAAUAAUGGUGUAUUUAUGGAGGGGUCUCUUGAUAACUUAAAGGAACUGAAUAAAAACCAUGUGACUAGU